AUGAGACUCUUCUCGCACUGUCUGCUCCUCGCGCUCUCCAUAUUUCUAGGACUGGAUGUCUCGUUCGGCUUCAACCUGGCUGUCUCUGCAGAGGGAAGCUUCUCUGUCCCUUCCAGCGGUCUCUUUGGCUACAGAGUGAGGCAGUUUAAUUCGACGGAAGGGUUGAGGGUCAUAGUGGGAGACCCGGGCUCAGGACAGGUGCACAUCUGUGAGGUCACCAGUGGAAGAUGUGAUGUCAUUUUGCCUCCUUACCAAUCUGAGUAUUUCGGGCUGACCCUGGAAGUUGAUCGGUCCGCGCGGGAGAGCGUUGUAUGUGGUCUCGCUUUACCCCAUGACUGUAACCGUGUUCUGUACAUGAACGGCGUCUGCUACAAACUCAACUCAAGCCUGUCUGUGUCCGAGGAGAUCACCCCCGGAUAUCGAGACUGCCAGAAAGCAGAGGUGGACCUUUGUUUUUUGAUUGAUGGUUCCCAAGGGAUGGGAGAGGAGGAGAUCGCGACCAUCCUGGACUUCAUGAAAAGCACCAUCCGUAGCCUUAAUAGCAGCACUGUGAAUUUUGCCGCCGUCCAGUUCUCAACUAUCCAGAAGACAGAAUUUGAUUUUCUAAAGUUUCAGAUGAAUCGAGACCCUGACCUCCUGCUGAGAACCUUCCAGAAAAUGAACGGGGUGACAAACUUAUUCAAGGCCAUUCAGUACACAUUUGAUAACGUGUUCGUCCCGGCCGCCGGCUCUCGUCCACACGCCAAGAAAGUUCUCCUGAUGCUGACGGAUGGGGAUACCACGGAGCGAGAAAGCGACCACGACUUACAGGAGUUUGAAAAGACGAAAGUGAUUCGUUACAUUGUUGGGAUCGGUAACAAUUUUCAGACGAGCGAGACCAAGCGGUUCGUGGAGUUACUGGCGUCCGAGCCGUCGGCGGAGCACAUCUGGUACAUAAGAGACGUCUCUGAGCUCAAAGGCCUCUUCUCUGAAAUUGAGCGAAAAAUCGCGUCCAUCGAGGAUACCGCGAGCAGCUCCACCUUCCCCAGAGAGUUCUCGUCCGCGGGUCUCAGCGCAGACGCGCUUCAGGGCAGCCUGGUGCUGGGAGACCCCGGAGUCCACCAAUGGUCAGGAGGGGUUCUCGAGGUCUUCUCCACGCAGGACACCCUCAUUAACACGUCCCUGGCCGAGGACAGACACUUCGCGUACCUGGGUUACUCCGUGAGGCUGAUCCAGACCCCAGAAGGCCUGUUCUGCGUGGCGGGGGCCCCAAGACACGAGUACAGGGGGGCUGCUGUGUUACUGCGGAAACGCUCAGAUGCCCCUGGAUGGAAAGAAAUACAAACCCUGUAUGGGGAACAGGUCGGCUCCUACUUCGGCUCAGAGAUCGCCGUCUCCGACAUUAAUAAAGAUGGCCGCCUGCAUCUGGUGCUGGUAUCGGCUCCUCACUACAUUAAGAAGAGAUGGGGAGGCCAGGUGUCCGUCUGCCUGUUUGCGGAGGGAGAUCUCUCCUGCUCUGCCGUGCUGCACGGACAGCCUGGGCACCCCUUUGCUCAGUUCGGGGCGUCUGUCUCCAGCAUCAGCGACCUGGAUGGGGAUGCUGUUGAUGACGUGGCCGUGGGGGCCCCGUACGAGCUGGACGGAAGGGGGGCGCUCUACAUAUUCAAAGGCGAGGCCGGAGGAGUGCAGCCGACCUACAGUCAACGUCUGGUGGGGUCCGCGGGAAGCCACGGCUUCGGUCUGUCUGUUCAUGGAGUGCUGGACGUGACGGAAGAUGGACUGACGGAUGUAGCUGUGGGUUCGUGGGGUCAGGUGACCAUUCACAGGUCUCGACCAAUUCUUCUCGUGGUGGGAAGCAUCACAUUCCAGCCACAAGAAAUACCCCUCUAUGAGGUCACUGGCUGUGACAUGGAAGUCUCCGCUAAGGCUUGUGUGACCGCCACGAUUCUGACUCCAAACUAUGCAGGACCGCUGGAUGUCUCGCUCCAGUACUCUCUCGCUCUGGAUGUUGAACGCUCCUUCACACGGAUUUUGUUUGAAAACAAACGGGGAGUAAUGAACGAGACAGUUACAAUCAGGAGAGAAGGAGAAACCUGCCAGCCGCUCUCUGUGCAUCUCUCGGACUGCUCCAUGGAGGAUGUCUCUCCUGUCUUGGUGUCUCUGAGCAUGCGUCGGGCUGAGAGUUCCUCUCAGUGGCUUUUUUCCCCGUCUAGUAACCUCACCGCUGUGUCCGUGAUCUCGUUUCAAAUCUGUGAAAAUGGAGGCAUCUGUGGGUCUGAUGUCAGCGUGGGCCUCAGAGGGGAAAGUACGCUGGUGGUACGCGAGGCAUCGCAACACUCCGUGUCCAUGGAUCUAAGGGACAAGGGGGAAGUUGGUCAUCCUAUCACGGUUACGAUUACCUACCCAACGGGCCUGUCCUUCCACAAGGCUACCUUACAGAUUUUGAGGCGAAUUCCCCUGAGCUGCAGCAAGAUGGAGCAACAAAAGACGGUCUGCAACGUGAGCCACGCCAUGCUCCGACGAGGCCGACCGGCAGUGAUGGACGUUGUGUUUGAUAUUGAUCCUCGGGCCCCUUGGCCACAGAUGGUGGACAUUGAUGUAGAAGCCACAAGUGAGAAUGAGACGGAUGAGACCCUCUCUGACAACAGAGCGAGACAACAAGUCCGGGUCCUGCACCCCAUAAGUGUCGUCGUCAAAGGGAUGGACAAGUCCACAAAAUACACAAAUUUCAGUAACCAGGACCAGCUGCACGUCCUGACCCACAGCUACCAGAUUAAGAACGUGGACCCCGCUGUGAGCCCCGUGGAGGUGACCGUGGCCGUGAUGACUGAGAGACCCCAGCCGGAGCUGCUGGCGUGGGAUGUGCAGAGCGUCCGUGGGGAGCUGCAUGUGAUCUGUGAUCCUGUGAGAAGAGACCACGUGUCUCGCAAACAGGCCGCCACUCACCAGGGGUUCCUGUGCAGACUGGGAAAUCUGACCGAGGCCGUCAUACAUGUAUCCGGGAAGCUGAGGCCGACUCGAACCUGGAAGGAGCCGCUGUCCAUUGAUGUCAAAACGUCUGUGCAGGUCCGGUACGACCAGGGCCGGUAUCACAGCGACACAGGAGACCAGUUCCACAAGGCACAGGUCAUCACCCACGUGGAGCUCCUGGUGCCCCCCAAUCACCUGCUGCCCAUCAUCGGAGGCUGCGUGGGAGGAGGGGUCUUCCUGCUCAUUUUCUGUGGGCUGCUAUAUAAGUGCGGCUUCUUCACGCGUUACAAGGAUCGGAUGCAGAAAGCCGCGCAGGGGCCGGCGGAAGGCGAUGGAACGCAAGGGCCGGAGGAGACCGAGCUCCAGGAGCGACUGUCUCAGCUCGAGUGACUGAGGAAACAUGCGCAGCAGCCGCAUUGUGACCCACACGGGAAAUCCGCUCUCAAAAACUGACUGCACAUCCAUGUGUC